AUGAAAAGGUGUAUAAGCAGGGCUUAUGCGCCUACAAGGCGCUUAUAUUCAACAACACAAUCACCGAUACCCCCUACUUCUCCGGUUCAUCCGCCGAAUCCAAACAAGCGUGGCCUACAAGAUCUGACGAUCUCAGAUCUCUGUUAUUACUGGGACACCAAACCACCUACCUCGGAGCAGCUUGCAUUUGCAGACAAACUAUUUGUACCCUCACGCCAUUCCCCUCUAAAACUAUGGUCUGCAUCCAAAUUCCGGACAACCCCGAUCACUUCAAUCGAGCCUGAAGUUGCAUUUCUCGGCCGUUCCAAUGUCGGUAAGAGCUCGCUGCUGAAUGCUAUCAUGGGCCAGGAGAUCUGCUGGACCUCCUCCAAGCCAGGUCGAACAAGAGAAAUGAACGCAUUUGGUAUCGGAGGUACAAAGGGUGGUGAACAUAAAGUGGUACUUUUGGAUAUGCCAGGAUAUGGAAAAGCCAGUCGAGCAGAAUGGGGGAUGGAAAUCAUGAAAUAUCUCCAAGGACGCAAACAGCUCCGCCGCGCCUUUAUCCUCAUCGACAGCGAACACGGAAUCAAAAAGAACGACGCAGAGAUUCUCCAGCUCUUCCGCCACUAUGCUAUCCCACAUCAAAUAAUCUUGUCUAAAGUUGAUAAAGUCCUCGCCAAAACAAAGAAACAAGUCAAAUCGGGCGCUUCUGCUGUGAGCGUGCAGAGACUUCAAACAAUGCUGCAGGAUCUCCGGCCAAAAGUCCAACCUGACAUACGCAUCUCAGAGGGACCAGGCGCUCUAGGCGAGCUUGUCACAUGCAGUGCGGACGUUUCUAUCGGCGGUGGCCAGUUUCUUGGUGUCAAUGCUGUCCGUUGGGCCAUUUUGUCCGCGGCAGGUAUUGAUGGGAGCCUACAAGCGGCCCAGCAGGCUCCUAAAUCUUCUCCGGUGACAAUGCCCACGGAGACGCCUUGA